UGGAGUGACAAAAAGUAACAAACAGACUGUUUCUGGGUGGGGGUAGGGAGCAGAGGGAAAACAACCACCCUCUAAUAUCCUACAAGGUUUCCGUGAAAAUACUUUAAACUUACAGGCGUAUUUUCCAUUUUAAGCAUAUCAAAAAGUUGGCGGAAUCCGUCUUAAACAAUUCAGGCGUCGGAGAGGAGGAUGGCUCAAGAGGCGAACCAGACCCAAGGGCCUAUGCCCUGUGCCAACGGAUGUGGAUUUUUUGGGAACCCACGCACAAAUGGCAUGUGCUCAGUCUGUUACAAAGACUUCUUACAGAGACAGAACAACAGCGACCGCGUCAGUCCAGCAGCAGCCGUGUCGUCGUCUGGAGUCAGUAGUUUAGGAGAGUCUCUUCCCACGCAGUGCUCCGACAGCAGCGCCGUGGACGUGUCAUCAGCAUUCAUCCAAGCAGCCCUGCCACUCGAGACAAACAGCAUCGUAGCCAGCCAGACCCUGCUCUCCCAAGCGCCUGUCACGCAGUGUGAAAACGAGGACUCGGCGGGGACCAAAGUAGACCUGAAAACAGAAGAAACGCAAAUGGGUUCAUCUGUGAGCAUAGCAAAGAGCCUCAUGGAUGGAGCAGUUAGCUCAGGGACAGUAGCAGCUACAGCAACAACAGCAGCAGCAGCAGCAGCCUGUGCAGAGGACAGUGUUAAGAGAGGCAAAAGGAAGCUAGAGGAGAGCGUUCAGGAGCUAGAUGGAGAACGUGCCUCAGGUUCCGACGGGAGCGAGCAGACGUCCGUAGACGACCAAGACAAAUGCGCCGGCAAGAGCAAAGCCAAGAAGAACCGUUGCUUUACCUGCCGGAAGAAAGUUGGACUCACAGGUUUCGACUGCAGAUGCGGCAAUGUGUUUUGCGGCAUCCACCGGUACUCAGACAUUCACAACUGCACCUUUGACUACAAAGCCGACGCUGCGGAGAAAAUUAGGAAAGAAAACCCCGUCAUCGUCGGAGAGAAGAUCCAGAAGAUCUGAAGAGCCAUCUCAUCAUGGGCGCCAGGGAAUGUGUGGAACACGGAUCAACGACUCAGUUUUUGUUUUGUUUUUUGUUUGUUUGUUUGUUUUUGCCCCCCUCCCUCACUUUUCACCUCACAAUUUGAAGUUGCUCACAAUAACCUGAGCCAUCUCCACCAUCUACUCACCUUUAAAUCAUGCAUGCUACCUGGAACCUUUUUUUUGUAAUGUUUUUUUUUUUUACCCUUUUUGCAGUUACUCAAAUUGAUCUCCCUAUUAUUGUUGUGGAUUGUGUGAGCAAAUCUUAAAUAGACUUUUACAAGGAAAUUAUUCAAUUUUAUUAUAUUUUAAGUUGAGUUAAAAAUAGGGCGCUACAUUUAAGGUGGUGAGACAUACUAGAGGGGCUGUGCUUUUCUGGUGUCUUCUUUUCCUCUAUAUAAAAAAAAGUUGCAUGUCAACCUGUUAAAGAUCAUUUUUUUUCCAACCUUGUACUGUAUGCUCUUCCAGUAAAUGAAUGUAUGCUGAGAAUUAUUGCAAUUUUGUUAUGAACAGCAUAGAGAAAGAAAACUGCUAAUUUCCUCCCUCCACCUCCUCAUUAAUAUUUUUUUUGUUAGUCACUGAGUGUAUGGUUUUCAGUAUAAAUGUUUGUGUGGAUGUUGUUUUUGGGUGAAUAGCUUGUAUGCACCUCAGUGCUGGUUAUGAGUGUUUAUGAGAAUAAUAUAGUUCAUUUAUGAGAGUGCACAGAAUGAUCUGAGGUGUAUGUGCUGUAUUUAUGUUUGUUUAUUCACUGUCUCUGCUUUGAUCUGAAUAAAAUAAAAAAAAACAAAUUUUACACAUAAAAACAAGAGAAAAAAAACUAACAAGCAUCUCAUGUAGUU